AGUUCCACACUAUGACACUAGUACUCAACUUUAACACCAUCCUCUUCCUAAUAUAUAAAAUUCUCAUUUUGAUCAGCCACUCAUGGAUCCUCACAAUGAUGACAUAGUCCAUGACUUUUACCCUCUUCUUCAAGUCUUCAAAGACGGCCGGAUCCACCGAUUCAGAGGAAUCGAAACAGUUCCUGCUUCAGUCGAUCCUGCCACAGGCGUCCACUCUAAGGAUGUCAAAAUCAGUGACUCUGUUUCCGCCAGACUUUACGUCCCGAAGUCUGUUGAUUCUGAUCAGAAGCUUCCACUUCUUGUCUACUUUCAUGGAGGAGGUUUCGUGAUCGGAACCGCCUUCUCGCCUCUUUACCAGACACAUCUCGACUUUCUUGUGGCUCAAGCAAAUGUUAUGGUGGUCUCAGUUGAUUACCGCAGAGCACCCGAGCAUCCUCUGCCAGCCGCAUAUGAGGACUCAUUGGAGGCUUUGCACUGGAUCGCUUCUCAUUCGCGAAGAAGCUGUCCAGAGCCCUGGCUUAACGAGUAUGCUGAUUUUGAAAGCUUGUUUUUUGCUGGUGACAGUGCAGGGGCAAAUAUAGCACACAACAUGGCUAUCCGUGUUGGGACCGAAAAGCCGGAGGGGUAUAAUGUGGAAGGAAUUGUGCUGGUGCAUCCGUACUUUUGGGGACGAGAGGCGUUGAGUGGUGAGCCUGUGGAGCCUCAGAGCAGGGAUUUUCUAGACAGGUUGUGGAGUUUUGUCAAGCCGAGUACUAUAGGGUUGGAUGACCCGUGGAUCGAUCCGAGUAAGGAUCCGAGUUUAUCAAGCCUCGGAUGCAAGAGAGUGAUGAUAUUUGUGGCGGGGAAAGAUGUUCUGAAGCAGAGGGGAUUGUUUUACAAAGAGGUACUUGACAAAAGCGGUUGGGGUGGAAUAGUUGAAGUUGUUGAGACGAAAGAUGAGGAUCAUGUGUUUCAUUUGUAUAAUCCCACAAUAGACAAUGCUGUGUCUUUGGUUAGGUCAGUGGCAUCUUUUGUAAAUGAGUGAGGGCAAAAUCGAUGUGAGUUUGUAUCUUAGUUACUCGAAUUCGGCGAAUGUCUUGAAUAAAUUCCCAGCUGUUUAUCAAUAAGAAUGCUUCUUUUAGUUUA